CUGCUGUAAUGAUUGCUUGCGGCCAAGUUGUAAUGAUUCUCCGUUGGGUGGAGUGAGUGAGUAAUUGAUUGGAGCCUUUCAGUGAGAUAUGAGGAAAUGAUAGCUGCUCCUUUUUUAGAUUAUUUUUUUUGGUUGCGCUUUCUGUUUUUGGAGAAACAAUUGGGCGAAUUUCUCUGCAGUGGGGAGAUUAUUAGCCCAAGACUUUCCUAAUAUGUGUAAAGAAGUUUCGAAGCUCUGGAAUUUGGGGGGGGAAAGAUGCCCCCUUCUCUCUCUCUCUCUCUCUCUCUCUCUCUCUCUCUCUCUUCUUUGAUGAUGUUUUCUUUUUUCCACCCCUUUUGGAGUAAUAAUUUUUGGGGCUGUAGUGCCUGAAGUGUUUCCACGUCAUUGAGGACGGGCAAAGCGACGUCGUGUGCGGAUAUUUGGGUUUUCUGAGUCUUUUUUUUUUUUUUUUUCUGCCCUGGGAGAAGGGAAAACGAUUGCUGUAGGCGAAGUUCUAUGCUCCUCGUAGUUUUUGGUUAUUUUUCUUUUGAAAAAAGCUCUGAAUGGGGGGGGGGGGGGGACCAUAACGACCCCUCAACUACCCUUAUUUUCUUUAGUUUUUUAAAACUUUGAUUUAACUAAGGAGUGCAAAAAUCUGUAGCAGGUAAUUAUAGGUUUUUAUUAUAUAUAUUAGCUAAAAUUUGGGAGGGGGGGACCGAGGAGGGGUUGAUUAUGUUCAUAUCUUUAUUUCUCUUGUUUAUGCCAAACUAUCCUGAAACUAUUUGGAUUAGAGCAACUUUUAAUUGUACUUGUGUCUUUUGUUUAUUGGAGUGGGGAAGAGGCCAAAAGCAACAUAUUUAGGUCUGGUUUCUUUUUUUGUUUCAAGAAAAUGAUAAGACCGUCAUCUUCUCGUUAAUGGUUUAGUUUAAGAGGUCAAUCUUGUACUUGGUGGUGCAUAUUGCUAGUGAAUAAGUGAGCAGGUAAAUAGACACCAAGUUGAGGAUAAAAGAGAGGCGAAAAGGGAAAGGUGCAAAUGAGAGUCAUAAAAAAGGAUGGUGGUUGCAGGCAGUAAACAGUAAAAAACUCUUUUUCCCACUCAUCAAAGGUGUGUGUGUGUGGGGUGGGGGGGGGGGGGGGCUAAAAGAUUAAAGUAUAUUUCUUACCACUUUCUUCUUUUUGCUAGAGCGAGUUAUAUUAAUCUGCUGUGAGCAGUCUAAUCUGCUUUGGUUUAGUCGUAGAAAAUUUGGAGCAAAGAUGAUAUUUUUGCAAAAGAAUCUGAGAUUCCGUGCUUCUUGAGGCCUUUUGGGUUCAAGAUUGGGCUUAUUGAAUUUCUUACUCAUAUUAGUAUUAUUUGAUUGAUCUUCUUUGCCUUUGCUUGUGUUUUCCCCUCUGAAUACAUGUGCUAUUGAUGACGUUGAAUGCUUUAUCUGAUGCUUGUUGUCACAAAGUUUAUUGAUUUUUCAUUUGUGAUUUCCUUAUCCUUGAAACAGGGAAUUAUAACUUCUCCAUGGGUGAUUACUUUGUGAUGUCUUCAUGUUCCAGUGGCCUAGUUUAUGUUGCAGUAUCUAUGCUAGAUUAAUUGAGAAACUACACCUAAUGAGCCACUAUUUGGAGAUGGAUUGGAAUACUAAGUGGGAUUGGGAAAGCUAUGACGCGUUUGGUCCAAAAGCAACUGAAAAUCCCAAGAAGCUGCAACUAGUGGAUUGGACUAUUAUUGAUGAUGGGGAAAUUGAUGCUGGAUCCUUCAAUCUCUCAGCCGGGGGUGGAAACAGUGGAGCCUCUGGCUCUGACGGCGGCCAUGUUUCUUCAGCAAAGAGCUCAAUAUCAGCUUCUGACUCUUCCACAAAGGAUGGCCAAACCCCCCCAGACUUCAGGCUCAUGGCAUAUGAAGAUUUUUCUGGAAAUUUUAAGAUAACAAAACGUGAAGGAACUAAGGUUUCUGGAACUUCUCCACCUCUGGAAGCUUCCAUUGGAUCUGUAGAACCACUGAUUGGCCUGAAGCUCGGAAAGAGAACAUACUUUGAGAAUAGUGGUGGUGCUGGAAGCCAUGUUAAGAGUGCAUCUCCUGUCAUACCUACUGCAUCCACCUCUUCAUUGAAGAAAACUAAAUUGCCAGGUGAAAAUCUCCCCAUGCCUCGCUGUGUAGUUGAGGGCUGCAAUAUUGACCUUUCAACAGCUAAAGAAUAUCACCGGAAGCAUAGAGUUUGUGAUAGCCAUUCCAAGUCCCCAAAGGUUGUUGUUGGUGGCCUUGAACGCCGCUUUUGCCAGCAGUGUAGCAGGUUCCAUAACCUGUCUGAAUUUGACGAAAAGAAGCGCAGUUGUAGAAGAAGACUUUCUGAUCAUAAUGCACGACGCAGGAAGCCACAGCAGGAAGCCGUCCAGUAUAAUACAAGGCUCGCAUCACCAUUCUAUGGAGGAAGGCAGCAAAUGAGUUAUCUGUUGAACAAUGGUCCACUAGUUCACUCUAGAAAUAUGGCUGAUACAACAUGGGAUAGCAGCACGUGCAACUCCAAGUUCACCCUCACAAAAGGGUAUCAUCCUUUGAAGUCUACUGUAGAUGGAGUUAGCAGCGAGCAAAUGCAUAUGGCCGGACCUAAACUUCCACAUUUCAUCAAUAUGCAAAGCAGUGCAGCCAAAGGAUUUCUGGCAUCAAAGAGCUCUGUGGCUGAUGUUUCAAAUCCAGGUUCCAAGGGAUCCCAGUACUCUUCCCACUUAGAUGCAGCACCCGAGUAUGGUCGUGCUCUCUCUCUUCUGUCAAGUAAUUCAUGGGCUCCAUGUGGACCAGAAUCAAUGGCUUUGAAUCCAAUUCAUGAGAAUGAUACCUGUGUAACUCAGCCUACGAUGCAUGGAGGCGUGCCGCCCCUCUCUUCUUCUUCAUCUUCCGAAAUCUGGCUGCCGGGCCAUCAUCAUCAUGCGCGUCUUCAGCCAUUGCCGGCCAACACUAACUUCCAGGAAAUCCAGCUAUUCAUAACACCAUACGAGACAGACUUAUAUUCCAACAUCAUCAACUGACCGCCACUUAAAAGCAAUUGUGAAACAAUAUUGUAAGUUGCCUCUGUUUUUAUUUUGAACGUUGAUAAAGUUGUUAAAACUAUGGGAACAUAUUCUGCUAUAUAAAUAGCUUCCCCUUUUCAACGUUCCAAA